UUCAAAUUUUUUUUUGUUUUUUGUUUUUCGUUGAUCUGUUUUUUUUUUUCGCCAUUUGAUAUACAAAUUGAAAACUUUAAUUAUUCCCAAAAUUUUGCCAAAUUCUUGAAGAAAAGAAAAUUAAUUGAUAGCCGAUUUCCUUGGCAUCUAUCCAGUAUAUAUAUAAUCGUAUCAAUAAUUUGUAUCAAUUUUUUUUCUAAUCAAAUUAAGUACAAAAUAACCGCCAAAAUGAAGAUGUCACGUAGCUAUAAAUAUAUUAUCACAUUUUCAUUGUUUUUCUGCUAUUUUGCCUAUGGCGUCAAUUUCUAUGUGGUUGGUCCAACAUUGAUUGAAUUGGCCGAUCUAUUUCAAACAAGUAUUGAACAAAUCUGUCUUAUUUAUACGGUACGAUCUGCCGGCUAUACAUGUGGAUCAUUAAGUGGCUUUCUAUUCAAAUACAUUAAUCGUCAAUUGAUUUUUGUAUUUUUCAUGGCAUUAAUGGGUAUUACAUUGGCUAUAAUGCCACAUGUGACCGGAUUGACAUGGUUAUUCGUAUUAGCCGGUAUUAAUGGCUUUUCUAUCGGUUCAUUUGAUACGGCCAUCAAUGUAUGGGUAUUAGAAAUUUGGGCCGAAGAAAGUGGACCGUUUAUGCAAGCAUUACAUUUUACCUAUGGAAUUGGUUCAUUUGUUGCUCCAUUAAUCUGUGAACCAUUUUUAUCAACUGAAUCUAUUCAUGGUGGUGGUGGCCAUGGUCCACCUGUUACCGGUAAUUCAGUACCAACAACACCGGCCACAUUAAUUUCGACAGAAAAUUCAUCCAUAAUGAAAAUAGAAUCGGUGGUUAAUAAUAGCCAUAAAAUGAUAUUGAAUUUGAACGAUACCAAAUUCCAUGAUUUUCUCAGCCAUAUUGAUCCUGUCGAUCCAAUCGAUUAUCUAAUCUAUAUUCCAUAUGCAAUUGCUGGAGCAAUCACUGUGUUCAGCGCUUUGAUCGUAUUAGGUCUUUAUUAUUAUAAAAAAUAUGAACCACCAACCAAAGUUAGACGGUCACAAGAAAUGAAAUCAGAUAAAUCAGGUGUUGCUAUGCUUGAAAAUGGCCUUGAACCACCAUUCCCAUGUAAACGAAGUUUCAUGGAUAAAAUGCCACCAUGUCUUACAAUAUGGUUGGUCAGCAUGGGCUCAAUGUUUUUGACGUUUUUUGUGGGCAUGGAACAAAUGCAUCUACAAUUUUUACCAACAUUCGCUGUAAAUACUGAACUUGAUCUUAGUCCAUCGACAGCUGCAAUGAUGAGCUCUGCGGCUGCAUUUGCAUUCACUAUUGGUCGUUGUCUUUCGAUUCCAUUAGCCAUCAAACUCAAACCACAGACAAUUCUUUAUGCAAAUCAUUUUCUUAUGUUGGUAGGAACAAUUUUAUUGGCAAUUUAUGCAAACAAUUCCGAAACAAUGCUCUGGGUGGGCAACAUUAUUCUUGGUUGUGGUUUCUCAUCAGUUUACGCAUCUAUCUAUGCAUUCUUAGAGCAAAAAAUCCGAGUGACCAAUCGAAUUGGUUCGAUAUUUGUAUUCGCUGGUGGUCUAACGGCGGCUGUAUCGCCAUCAUUAGUUGGUCAAUAUAUUGAAGCUAAUCCAUUGAUAUUGGUAUGGUUCAAUUUAGCCUGUUGUCUACUUUGUUUGACAAUAUUUGUCAUCAUACAUUUAACCGUUUAUCUUCAAUCAACAAAACCAACAAAGAAAACAUUUGAUGAUGGAAUCGUUGUCGAUGAAGAAUUAAAAGAAAGACAGCUACAAUUGAUUGGCAGCACAGAAAUUGGCGUUGUCAUUACAAGUAUCACUGAUAUUUCUGAUUCUGAUUUAGAUGAAAAAUAUGUGGCACCAGCUUAGAAUAGACAAGAAAAAAUAAAUUGCAUUUAAAUAUCAGCUAUCAUCAUCAUCACUUUAUAAUCUCAAAUCAUCGAAUUUUAUCUCAAUUCAUAAUUCAUAUUUUAUUAAUUAUUAUUAUUAUUAUUAUUAUUAUAUCAUAAUUAUGAUUCAAAACUAAAUAUGAUGAUUUUGAUCAAACAACAUGAAAUCAUUGAACACAGAAAUAAUCAUAUCGGAAUUCAUUAUCAAAAAUACAAAUCAUCAUCAUCAUCAUCAACCAAAUGGCACCAAAUCACUACCAUGUUAUGGCAUCCAUGUUAUUCAACAACAAUUUUUUUUGUCACAUAUUUUUAUUCCAUAUUCUAUCUUUCAUUCUUCCAAUCUCAUUAUCUAAUAUCGUAUACCAAGUUGUCAUCUCAUUUUUUUCACUGGAUUUAUCUAAUAUCGAAUGCCUCAAAAAAAAGAAAAGAAAAACAAACAUACAAAUAUCUACAUUCAGAUUCAUUGUUUAUAUAUUUUUCAACUGGAUUAUCCGGAUAUUGCCUCAUCGAAUCAAUUUGUAUAUUAAAAUUACGACAUUAUUGGAGACAAG